GCGAUCGCCGCUGCCGCAGGGAGGGCGGGAGGCACACACAAAGCCUUGCCUCUCCUCCUCCUCUCCUCCUCGUCCUCUCCUCCUCCCCUUGUUCCUACCGGCUGAGGAAUCCCAGCCCCGCGUUCGUCCGAGGGGCCAGCGGUCGCCCCCGCCUCCAGGACCUGCGGAGAGGGCCAGCUAGAGAUGGAAACCAGCGAUCCAGAGUUCUGAGCUUCUUCCAGAAGCGUCACCCGGGCACAGCCUUCAGGAUGCUGUGGAAGUCAGGCUGAGCUCCCGUGAAGACAGCAGGAGAGAUGCUGGUGUGAAGCGGAGUUCCCGGCGCACAGUGGAGCCUCACUGGGGAGAUGUCUACACCAACCAUGGGCGCCUGUGGGCUGGACAAGCGAGGAAGCUUCUUUAAGCUUAUUGACACAAUUGCCUCGGAGAUCGGAGAACUGAAACAGGAGAUGGUGCAGACCGAUGCCAGUCUGGGACAUGGCCUGGAACCCAACGAAACUCACAGCAUGGUAAGGCACAAGGAUGGCUAUCCUGAGGAAAAGGACAUGAAGACCUGCCCCCGGGACUCUGGCUAUGACAGCCUCUCCAAUAGGCUCAGCAUCCUGGACCGGCUCCUCCACACACACCCCAUAUGGUUGCAGCUGAGUCUGAGUGAGGAGGAGGCAGCCCAAGUUCUACAGUCCCAGCCUCCAGGGAUCUUCCUGGUUCGUAAAUCCAGCAAGAUGCAGAAGAAAGUCCUUUCUCUUCGCCUGCCCCCUGAGUCUGAAACCCCACUGAAGGAGUUUGCUAUCAAGGAAAGCACCUACACCUUUUCCCUGGAAGGCUCAGGAAUCAGUUUUGCAGAUUUAUUCCGGCUCGUGGCUUUCUACUGCAUCAGCAGGGAUGUUCUGCCGUUCACCUUGAAGUUGCCUUAUGCCAUUUCCACAGCCAAGACCGAGGCUCAACUUGAAGAGCUAGCUCAGCUGGGACUAAAUUUUUGGAGCUCUCCAGCUGACAACAAACCCCCAAACCCUCCACCUCCCCAUAGGCCUCCCUCUGCCGACGCCGACGCCCACGACGGUGGCUGCUCAGCCCCGCUGCGGCAGCUCUGCCUUAUAAAUGGAGUGCAUUCUAUAAAAACCAGGACGCCUUCGGAGCUGGAGUGCAGCCAAACCAACGGAGCCUUGUGUUUCAUUAAUCCCCUUUUCUUGAAAGUGCACAGCCAGGAUCUCGGGGCAGGCCUCAAGCGGCCGAGCACCAGGACUCCCAACGCCAAUGGCCCCGAGCGUCCUCGCUCGCCGCCGCCCAGGCCCCCGCCACCCACUAUUAAUAGUCUGCACACAAGCCUUCGGCUGGCCGGGACUGAAACCCGGACGAGCAUGCCAGAAACAGUCAACCAUAACAAACAUGGGAACGUAGCUCCGCCUGGAACGAAACCAACCCCCAUCCCUCCGCCCCGGCUGAAGAAGCAGGCUUCUUUUCUGGAAGCUGAGGGGAGCUCAAAGACCUUGACCAGCCGGCGGCCCGGUCCGGAGCCCGAGCCCGAGCUCUGCACAGCUGGCAGCCCAGGUGGCGCCCCGCCUGCAGACGCCCCGGGGGAUUGCACAAGGGCCCGGCCUCCCAGCUCUGAAUCACAGCCCCCGUGCCAUGGAGGCAGGCAGAGGCUGAGCGACAUGAGCAUUUCCACUUCCUCCUCCGACUCGCUGGAGUUCGACCGCAGCAUGCCUCUGUUUGGCUACGAGGGGGACACCAACAGCAGCCUGGAGGACUUCGAAGGGGAGAGUGACCAGGAGACCAUGGCGCCCCCCAUCAAGUCCAAAAAGAAGAGGAACAGUUCCUUCGUGUUGCCUAAGCUUGUCAAGUCCCAGCUGCGAAAGAUGAGCGGCGUCUUCAGCUCCUUCAUGACCCCGGAGAAGCGGAUGGUGCGCAGGAUCGCCGAGCUGUCCCGGGACAAGUGCACCUAUUUCGGGUGCCUGGUGCAGGACUACGUGAGCUUCCUGCAGGAGAACAAGGAAUGCCACGUGUCCAGCACCGACUUGCUGCAAACCAUCCGGCAGUUCAUGACCCAGGUUAAGAACUAUUUGUCCCAGAGCUCGGAGCUGGACCCCCCUAUUGAGUCACUGAUCCCUGAAGACCAAAUAGAUGUGGUGUUGGAGAAGGCCAUGCACAAGUGCAUCCUGAAGCCCCUGAAGGGACACGUGGAGGCCAUGCUGAAGGACUUCCACAUGGCCGACGGCUCCUGGAAGCAACUCAAGGAGAACCUGCAGCUUGUGCGGCAGCGGAACCCACAGGAGCUGGGGGUCUUCGCCCCCACCCCCGACUUGGUGGAUGUGGAGAAAAUCAAGCUCAAGUUCAUGACCAUGCAGAAGAUGUAUUCCCCGGAGAAGAAAGUCAUGCUGCUGCUGAGGGUCUGCAAGCUCAUUUACACCGUCAUGGAGAGCAACUCAGGGAGGAUGUACGGUGCUGAUGACUUCCUGCCGGUCCUGACCUACGUCAUUGCCCAGUGCGACAUGCUGGAGCUGGACACGGAGAUCGAGUACAUGAUGGAGCUUCUGGACCCCUCGCUGCUGCACGGAGAAGGAGGUUAUUACUUGACGAGCGCCUACGGGGCACUCUCCCUGAUCAAGAAUUUCCAGGAGGAGCAGGCAGCACGGCUGCUCAGCUCGGAGACCAGGGACACGCUGCGACAGUGGCACAAACGCAGGACCGCCAACCGCAGCGUCCCGUCUGUGGAUGACUUCCAGAAUUACCUCCGCGUCGCCUUCCAGGAGGUUAACAGCGGCUGCACGGGGAAGACCCUCCUCGUGAGGCCAUACAUUACCACUGAGGAUGUGUGUCAGCUGUGUGCAGAGAAGUUCAAGGUGGGGGAGCCUGAGGAGUACAGCCUCUUCCUCUUCGUGGACGAGACGUGGCAGCAGCUGGCAGAGGACACAUACCCUCAGAGGAUCAAGGCCGAGCUGCACAGCCGGCCACAGCCCCACGUCUUCCACUUCGUCUAUAGGCGCAUCAAGAGCGACCCUUAUGGCGUGACCUUCCACAGUGGCGAGGAAGAACCCACGCCCUCUUAAGAAGGCACACGAGACAACCCAUUGGUGCAUCCAACGGGGCGGGAGUGGGGCUGGGAGCAUGGCCUUCCGGCUGCCCCAUGCUCGAUCCUGACAAGCAGUCCCCUCCUUGGGGACCCCUCAGUUCAGCGACGAAGCCAUCUAUAGCUGACCACUGCCCAGGCAGCAUGGCUGAGGGUCGUGAAACUGUAGGAUUCACCCUCUAAGGUGCAGCAUCACCAUUAGUGUGUCAGGUGUGUUCAGAUCGACACCUGCCCCAGCCAGGCCCAGAAUUGGUUACCUUCUGUCUUUGUGUAUGUGCUGAAUCAAACGUAAGGCACAAACUCUC